GAGCGGGCGCGCCGGGAGGGCGCGGGUGGCCGCGCGGGGUCAGGGGGCUGGGGAUGAGCGUGGGGAGCGCGGCCCAGCUCGGCUGCUGCUGGGCGGUCUCCUGGGCGCGCCGCCGCGGGAGGAGCCGGGGCUGUCCGGGGAAUGCUUUCACUCGGCCCAAACAUGGCUGCGGCCCUGCGAGCCGCGGGCGCCCUGCUCCGCGAUCCGCUGGUGUCCGGCAGCUGGAGGGCCUGUCAGCCAUGGAGGUGGAAGUCGGGUGCAGCCGCAGCAGCUGCCACUGCAGAAACAGCCCAGCAUGCCCUGGGUGCAAAGCCUCAAGUUCAGCCGGAGAAGAGGAAGCCGAAAACUGGAAUAUUAAUGCUAAAUAUGGGAGGCCCUGAAACCCUUGGGGAUGUUCACGACUUCCUUCUGAGACUCUUCUUGGACCGAGAUCUCAUGACGCUUCCUAUUCAGAAUAAGCUGGCACCAUUCAUCGCCAAACGCCGAACCCCCAAGAUUCAAGAGCAGUACCGCAGGAUUGGAGGCGGAUCCCCCAUCAAGAUGUGGACUUCCAAGCAGGGAGAGGGCAUGGUGAAGCUGUUGGAUGAAUUGUCCCCCAACACAGCCCCUCACAAAUACUAUAUUGGAUUUCGGUACGUCCAUCCUUUAACAGAAGAAGCAAUUGAAGAGAUGGAAAGAGAUGGCCUAGAAAGGGCUAUUGCUUUCACGCAAUAUCCACAGUACAGCUGCUCCACCACAGGCAGCAGCUUAAAUGCCAUUUACAGAUACUAUAAUCAAGUGGGACGGAAGCCCGUGAUGAAGUGGAGCACUAUUGACAGGUGGCCCACACAUCGCCUCCUCAUUCAGUGCUUUGCAGACCACAUUCUAAAGGAACUGGACCAUUUUCCACUUGAGAAGAGAAGCGAGGUGGUCAUUCUGUUUUCUGCUCACUCACUGCCAAUGUCCGUGGUCAACAGAGGUGACCCGUAUCCUCAGGAGGUGAGCGCCACUGUCCAAAAAGUCAUGGAAAGGCUGGGGUACUGCAACCCCUUCCGACUGGUGUGGCAAUCCAAGGUUGGUCCAAUGCCCUGGUUGGGUCCUCAAACAGAUGAAUCUAUCAAAGGACUCUGUGAGAGGGGGAGGAAGAAUAUCCUCUUGGUUCCGAUAGCAUUUACCAGUGACCACAUUGAAACGCUGUAUGAGCUGGACAUCGAGUACUCUCAAGUUUUAGCCAAGGAGUGUGGAGUUGAAAACAUCAGAAGAGCAGAGUCUCUUAAUGGAAAUCCAUUGUUCUCUAAGGCCCUGGCCGACUUGGUGCAUUCACACAUCCAGUCAAACGAGCUGUGCUCCAAGCAGCUGAUGCUGAACUGUCCACUCUGCGUCAAUCCUGUCUGCAGGGAGACUAAAUCCUUCUUCACCAACCAGCAGCUGUGACCCCCGCCAGUGGACCCUGUGGCAUUAGGAUGCUUUGGUACCUUGGGGCCUUGUGGACCUCGGAAGGGACUGCCCUUCCCAGGGUUGGCUAUUUCCUACAGGUAACAAACAACUUCCCUGCAAGAUGCCUUUGAUAUGCAAACCAGCUCAUGCCAAGUCCAUUCCCCAAAUUGGCUCCUUUUGUCAGGCUCCGGAAACCCUAGAUAGCAUCCUCCUACCCAAAGUCAUCCUAGGGCCAGAUACCAUUCAACUAGGGACCACCCUGGUAGCCCAGAGCCUGCCCAAGUCAUUCAACCUAUCCAAUCCUAAACUCGCUCAGUGGCUUACCCUGCCUCACCUGUUCCUUCCCUUGAGAACCACAAAUGUAGACAAGAUUUCACCCAUGCUUUUCUCUCACUCCUGACUCCUGACCCAACUGGUGCCUCCCUCUGUGGCCCUGAAUGGUGUGGUGUGGUGUGUCCCCUUCUCUUGGGAACUGUAAGUAACAAACUAUCUUUUCAGUGGCAGUCAUCUCCUAAUCUGCUGGCCUUACCAUAUGACAUUGUUUGAAUAUUUGUCCUCUUCAAAUCUCAUGUUGAAGUGUAAUCCCCAGGGUUGGAGGUGAAGCCUGGUGGAGGUGUUUGGGUCAUCAGGCCGGGUCCUUCAUGAAUGGCUUAGUGCCACCCCCUUGGUGACCAGUGAGUUCUAGCUCUGAGUUCAUGUGAGAGCUGGUUGUUUAAAACAAUGUGAUACUUCCCCACUCACUCUCUUGCUCCUGAGCUCGCCCUGUGAGAUACCUGAUCUCUCUUCACCUUCUGCCAUGAGUGGAAGCUUCCUGAGGCCAUCACCAGAAGCAGGCACUAUGCACCAUGAUUCCUGUACUGUCUGCAGAACCGUAAGCCAGUGAAACCUCUUUUCUUUAGUAUUUACCCAGCCUCAAGUACUUUUUUUAUAGUAAUACAAGAACAGCCUAAUACACCAUCUCUGAAAAAGAAUAAGCUCCUGGGUACGAAACUCAGCAUCUGGCAAAGUACCUGUUACAUAGAAGGCAAGUGAUAACAUGCACAUGUAUGUUUAUUGCGGCAUGGUUCACAAUAGCAAAGACUUGGAACCAACCCAAACACCCAUCAGUGAUAGACUGGAUAAAGGAAAUGUGGUACAUAUACACCAUGGAAUGCUAUUCAGCCAUAAAAAAGAAUUAGUUCACAUCCUUUUCAGGGACAUGGAUGAAGCUGGAAACCGUCAUUCUCAGUAAACUAACACAAGAACAGAAAACCAAAUGCCACAUGUUCUCACUUAUAAGUGAGGGUUGACAAUGAGAACACAUGGACACAGGAAGGAGAACAUCAUACACUGGGACCUUUCGGGAGAUAGGGGACUAGGGGUGGGAUAGCAUUAGGAGAAAUACCUAAUGUAGACAACAGGUUGAUGGGUGCAGCAAACCACCAUGGCACGUGUAUACCUGUGUGACAAACCUGCACAUUCUGCACACUCAUCCCAGAACUUAAAGUAUAAUAAUAACAAUAAUAAAGAAGGCAAGUAAUAAAUACUUGCUGAAUUAAAUAUCUGAAUGGAUGGAUGGAUAGACAGAUGGACAGAUGGAUGGACAGAUGAGUGGGUGGGUGGAUGGUUGGAUGGAUGAGCAGACCCUCGAGAGUUUACAUAGGGGGCAUGGUAUGAAGUUAUAUGCCUGAUCCAGUCCUGAGUGAUGGAUGCCUAAGCUUGUCCUCCCAUGCUCCUUCCUCUGUCUUAAAAGCAACCACAGGCAAUUACAGUGGGAUAACCAAAUGGAGAAGCCAGGUGACUCCCUGAAAAAUAGCAAUCAGAAUGAGACCCAGGGCAGAAGAAAGGGUGUGGGUUCAGUGUCCCAGCUCUUGUGGGACACUGUUUGUAGGUAGAAAUGAUGGAGGGAUGUGCACUGACAUUGUGUCACUGUGCUGGGACUUGCUCUCCCUUCUCCUCACAGACUCUCUCUAUAGGAUGAAAGAUUCUGAGCACCAAAGAAUUGUUGUUCCAUCUAGUCAAACUGGGGGGAAACUGACAAACUCCAUCUUGGUUCAUUAGACCCAUGGAUGAAUUAUGAGACCUGGAGGGAAACCAUGCCUGGUGCACGCUUAAUGAACCCAAGGUCUCCAAUGAUAGAUGGAUGGAUGGAAGUGAACAUUCAUCUACUCUCACUUGUUCCAAUGAUGUCAUUUUUAACCAACAGUGAACUUCACCCAGAAACCAACCCGGACACAGAGCAGAGAUAAGGGGGGUGAGAGAGCCUCAGGAGGAAUGUUAACCAGAUUCCAGAAGCCUGCCAGUCAGUCCUGCUGCGAGUUCAUUUAAAUGCUCAGUUUAGCUCUUGAAUUAAAACAAGACAGGGCUAAAACUUUAAUCAAUCCAGUUCAGCCACCACACUCAGUCAUGAGCAGAGAAUAAAAUGAAGGUCACAGGAGAAGUCCAGGAGAAAGAAUUUGACAGUCUGUACAGAUGAAUGAGGUUAUGCCAAAUGGCCUUUGAGAUGAAAAGGAGGCCCUGGUCGGCAGUUCAUUUAGAACAAGAGUGGCCAUCUGUCGAUAGCUGGGGCCAGAUUCCCGAUCCUUCUUCUGGAGCAUGCAGGGGUGUGCUUGUGUCCGUGUGUGUGUGUCCGUGUGUGUGUGUGCAUGUGCUUACCUGCCAGAGUGGAGAGAUAGGUAAGAAGCUGCUAAAAAGAAAGAAGUCCUCUUCCAUGUUCACCUAGUUAGAGAUUUAUGUUUCUUAGCAACUAACUUCCAUGGAAGAUCCCUUCUUCCCUCCCUCUGUUCCUCCCUUCCUCCCUCCCUCUCUCUCUCUCUUUUUUCUUUCUUUUUCUCUUUUCCUUCCUUCCUUCCUUCCUUCCUUCCUUCCUUCCUUCCUUCCUUCCUUCCUUCCUUCCUUCCUUCCUUCCUUCCUUCCUUCCUUCCUUCGUUUUUCUUUUUUAUAGAGUCAGGAUCUUACUCUGUUGCCCAGGCUGGAGUUCAGUGGUACAAGUAUGGCUUGCUGUGGCUUCAACUUUUUAGAUUCAAGUGGUUCUCCAACCUCAGCCUCCCAAGCAGUUGAGACUAUAGGUAUGUGCUAUCACACCUGACUGAUUUUUUUUUUUUUUUUGUAGAGAGGGUCCCGCUAUGUUGCCCAGGCUGGUCUCAUAUUUCUGGCCUCAAGUGAUCCUCCUGCCUUGACCUCCCAAAGUGUUGGGAUUACAUGCAUGGGCCACCAUGCCUGGCCUUAAUUCAUAUUUCAAUGUUCGAGUUACUUCUUCACAUAAUCAGUUGAUUUUAGCCUGAAUUCCUGAGCUCAAGGAAGGUGUGGCGAUUUUGAAAGCAGUGCCUAUACCUGGUGGCGGCCACGGCAGCAGCGAUGUGGCCUUAAGUAGCAGCAAGGAUGCUGUAUUAGCCAGGGGUCUCUAGAGGAACAGAACGAACAGGAUAUAUGUAUAUAUGAAGGCAGUUUAUUAAGGAGAAUUGAUUCACACGAUCACAAGGUAAAGCUCCCCGAUAGGGACAGCAAGGUAAGGAAUAAGGAAGCUAGUGGUGAUCAGUCCGAGUCCCCAAACCUCAAAAGAAGGGAAGCUGAUGGUGCAGCCUUCAGUCUGUGGCCAAAGGCCCAGGAGCCCCUGGCAAACCACUGGUGUAAGUCCAAGAGUCCAAAAGCUGAAGAACUUGGAGUCUGAUGCUUGAGGGCAGGAAGCGUCCGGCACAGGAGAAAGAUGAAGACUGGAAGACUCAGCCAGUCUGCUCUUGCAUCUUCUCCUGCCUGCUUUAUUCUAGCCACACUGGCAGCUGAUUAGUUGGUGCCCACCCAGAUUGAGGGUGGGUCUGCCUUUCCCAGUUCACUGACUCCAAAUCUCUUUUGGCAACACCCUCCCAGACACAUCCAGGAAGAGUACUUUGCAUCUCUCAAUCCAAUCAAGUUGACAAUAUUAACCAUCACAGAUGUAAAGCAGGGGAAAGGGAUGCCAGGGUCCAGAAACCAGCUUCUCCUCUGAACUUUCCUCAGUACCCUGCAAGCAAAGGUAUGGGAAGAGCCAACUGUCUGCUGUGGCUUAGGAAAAGCCCAGAGUUAGGGAAUGAAAGGACACAGAGGCUAGUGGUGCGGAGCCAGGAGGAUGCAGUGGAGGCCUUGAGGACCGUCAGCCACAUCCAAACACUGUCCCCCCUGGGCACCCUACUCUCAUUGCCUUGACCCCUCAGUGCCCUCUGGGACUCAGACUCCUCGUUGGGAAAGGAGGGGAGAGACCCUGUGUUAAUUGAGGCUGCCUCCGUCCCGUCUAUCCAGACAGCCCAUCCACUGUGCCUUGGCCUCCCUGUUCUCUCUCUGACUUUCUCCUACCAUCUCUUUCCCUCUCUCUCACCUGCUCCAGCCACACUGGUCUGGCAAUGCCAAGACAGUCUCCUGUCUCAGCCUUUGCAGUCAUUCUUCCUACUUCUUGGAAUGCUCUGUGCCCAAAUAUGCUCAAGGCUCCCUUUCCACUUCAACUGCUCAAAUAUCAGGUUUUCAGAAAGGCUUUCUCUGACUAUCUUAUUUAAAAUAAUGCCACCAUCCAUCACUCUCAGUCCUGUUUAAUUAUCUUCAAAGCAUUUAUCACCACUGACAUCAUAUACAUGUAGGCACACACACACACACACACACAUGCACAUAUAUGUGUGUGUAUAUAUAUAUGUGUGUAUAUGUGUGUAUAUAUGUGCAUGUGUGUGUGCCUAUAUAUAUGUGUGUAUAUAUGUGCCUGUGUGUGAUAUAUAUGUGUGACACACAUACACACAUAUCUCAGAGAUAUUGUGGAUUUAGUUCUAGACCUCCACACUAAAGUGAAUAUCAUGAUAAAGUGAGUCACACACAUUGCCCAGAUCCAUCAGAGGAAUCACUAUGGUAGCUAUAUAGCCUUAUAAAAUGUAUUUCUUAAAUAAUACAACUUGAAGGUCAAAAUUACUCCUUGAUCCAUAAGCUUCAGGAUAGAUUUUGUGUUAUCAGGCGUGAAAACAAUAUCAAUCUUCUUGUAUAUCUCCAUCAGAGCUCUUUGGUGUUUAGAUGCAUGGUAAAUGAAUAGUAACAUUUUGAAAGGGUUUUUUUGUUUGUUUGUUUCUGAGCAGUAGGUCUCAACAGUGGGCUUAAAAUGUUCAGUAAACCAUGCUAUAAGCAGAUGUGCUAUUAGCCAGGCUUUGUUGUCUCAUUUACGGAACACAGGGAGAGUAGAUUUAGCAUUGUUCUUAAAGGUCAUAGGAUUUUUCAGAAUGGAAACUGAGCAUUGGCUUCAACUUAAAGUCAUCAGCUGCAUUAGACACUAACAAGAGAGUCAGCCUGUCCUUUGAAGCUUUGAAGCCAGGCAUUGACUUCUCCUCUCUAGCUAUGAAAGCCCUAGAUGCAUCUUCUUCCAAUAUAAUGGUGUUUGAUUUACAUUGAAAAUCUGCUAGUGUGACCACUUUCAUCAAUAAUCUUAGUUAGAUCUUCUGGAUAAUUUGCUGUAGCUUCUCCAUCACCACUUGCUGCUUUACCUUAAGUGGUGACAUUUUUAUCCUAUGAAAAUGGCUCCUUUCCUUAAACCUCCUGAACCAAACUUUGCUAGCUUCCAACUCCUCUUCUCUUCCUCUCUUUCUUCUUCCUUUUCUUCUUAUUCCUCUUCCCCUUCUCCUCCUCCUCCUUCUUCUUUCUUUUUCCUUUUUCUCUUCUUCUCUUCUUCUUUCUCCUGCUCCUCCUCCUCCCUCUUCCUCCUCCUCCUCCACCUCCUCCUCCUCCCCUCCACUCUCCUCUUCCCCUCUCAGUGUUUAUAGAAUUGAAGAGACUUAGGGCCUCGUUCUGGAUUAGGCUUUGGCUUAAGGGACUGCUGUGGCUGGUUGGAUCCUCUAUCCAGACCAACUACAACUUUCUCUACAUCAGUAAUAAGGCUGUUCCACUUUCUUAUCAUUUGUGUGUUUACUGGAGUGGCAUAUUUAAUUUCUUUCAAAAACCUUUCCUUUGCAUUUUCAACUUGACUAACUGGCACAAGAGGCUUAGCUUUCAGCCUGUCUUGGCUUUCAAUGUGUCUUCCUCACGGUUUAAUCACUCACGGCUUUUGAUUUAAAGUGAGAGUCGUGUGACUUUUCCUUUCACUUAAACACUUAAAGCCCAUUCUAGGGCCAUUCAUUGGCCUAAUUUCAAUAUUUGUGUGUCUCAGGGCAUAAGGAGGCCGAAUAGUCAGAACACAUAACAUUCAUCUGUUAAGUUUGCCAUCUUUUAUGGGCGCGGUUAGUGGUACCCAAAAACAAUUAUAGUAGUGACAGCAAAGAUCGCUGAUUACAGAUCAUCAUAACAUAAAAGAAUAAUAAUGAAAACGUUCAAAAUACGACAAGAAUUGCCAAAAGGUGAUACAGAAUCAUGAAGUGAGCACAUGCUAUCAGAAAGAUGGCCCCAACAGACUUGCUCCAUGCAGGGCUGCCACCGACCUUCAUUUGUAAAAUAGACAAAAUCUGAGGCGCACUGCGAGAGGCGUGCCUACAUAUUUACUUAUUUGUUUAUGUCUAUUUCCUCCAUUAGAACAUCAUUCCACAGAAGCAAUGAUUUGGUCUUUUUCAUUCAUUGCCGUAUCCACAGUGCUCAGGACAGCCCCUGUGCAGGAACCCCUCCUGAAUGAGCGGCGGGUGUGCACAGCCUUCUCCACUGCACUGCAUGGACGUGAGCAGUGUAGGGAAUGCAGCUUCCAUUUGCCCCUUGUGGCUCCUGUCGCAGCCUUCUGCCUUCAGGACCCACCAUUUAAGCCUCUUCUUCCUUCUCUACCUCUCCACUGCCUCAGUCCAGAGAAACUUUAUCCAGCCUGGGGCAGGACUGUCUGGCUCUGACUGAUCACAUAUUCUUCCAAAUCUAUUAUUUAUACCUAAACUGUAUGCCCUGAGUCUUUCAGGCCUGAGGCUUCUUAUGCUCAAAAGCCAGGCUUUGAAAUACAGAAAGCGUCUUCCCUUCUUAAAACUAUGGUCUCUGCUGUGAGUUUCCAGAAGCCUAUUUUGUAACGCAGAAGUGAAAGCUUGAUUCCUUUUACUGCAUUUUGCAAUGUCAUCACUUCACUAAUGCGGGCGUGUGAAUGUCCCUGCGGCUGCCUACAUCAGAAGUCAGGCCAAAGGGUGAAAAAGUAGGGUGAGGUUUCAGAUCAAAAUAUUAUCUGCCACAUACUCUAUAAUAUAACGACACUCACUAAGUAUUGCAAGUGUAAAUGAGCUUGGAAGCACUUUCUAGUUGGUGCCACAGCAUUAGCAAACAAAGCUAAAAAUAAAACGCAGUGUUGCUGGGGGUGUGGGAAACACCAUGCAUUGGUGUUUCCAUACAUAGAUCCAUUUCCUCCCUGUAUCUGCACCCCAGUGCAGCAUCCAAUGUUUCUGGAAAGCAGUCUGGUAAUAGCAUAAUGACAACUGUGAACAUUAUUCCCUGCUAAUGCAUUGGUAAUACCACUUUGGGGAAUAUACUCCAUAAACAUAAGCCAAAAGGAGCAAAUGAAAAACCGUAAUUUUUUGCAAGAUAAUCAUGGCAUUAUCUAGAAACAAUGAAAAUCUCCAAGAGAGGAAAUUGGUUAAGCACUAUGACCUGUCAAGACAAUGGGAUAGAAGCUAAGUCUUUGGGCUUAGGGUAGGACAACUUUGGGAAGGGUAGGUUACUUUAACAAAUAACCACAAAUCUUGGUGGCCUAGUACGAUAAAAGUUUAUUUUUUACACUCAUUGCAACUCAAUGUGGAUCUGUAGGGGAGAGGGGUUUCUGUAUGCCAUCACUCAGGGUCCUAGGCUUCUGUGUUUAGUGGCUCUACCAUUUCCUCCCUGUAUUUGGUAGAUCCAUGAGGGAAGACAGGGAGAACAGAGGAUUGCAGGGGAGGCUUCAGGAGACAGAUUCGGAGGUCUGGAGGCAACAUUACUUCUACCCACAUUCUAGGAGUCAGAACCCAGUCACAUGGCCACAUCUAACUACAAGGGAGUCUGGGAAAUGUAGUCUUGCUAUCAGCACAGGGUGAAGAGGAAUUGUUUGGUGAACACAUAGCAAUGAUUGCCACACUGUCAAUGGGAUAUGCAUGUUGACUAUGCUGACACAUGGGCACUUAAAGAUUAAAUCAUAUUAAAUUGACAAAGCUAAACACAGAAACACUAAUUAGGACUGAUUACUAAUAACUAUGUAAUUGCAAUUAUGUAUACUGACCAAUUCAGAAGUGAUUUUAAAGUACUGUGGGUUUUGUAGUUGUAUGUUUUGUCCUUACUGUAAAAUAAAAGUUCACAGGGCAGAAAAUACAGUGGUUAUGGAUUCAUGUGACCAGAUGUGGAGUUCCAUUAUGAUGUUUACCUUUUUGAGACUUUUCCAUUAAAAACACAAAAGCUUGUUUGCAGCAACAUGGGUGAACCCAGAGGUCAUUGUGCCAGAUUGUGAAAUAAGCCAGAUAUGGAAGGACAAAUACUGUUUGAUCUCACACAUAUGUGGAAUCUAAAAAGUUAAACACAUUGAGGCAGAGCUUAGAGCAGCAGUUGCCAGGGAGUGGGGGCUGGAGAAAACAGGAAGAUGUUGGUCAAAGGGUUCAACCUUUCCAUUAUAAGAUGACCAAGUGCUGGAAAUCUAAUGGACAGCAUGGAUGGUAAUGGAUGUGUUAAAUUAAUUAGAUGGGGGUUAUCAUUAUACAAUGUAUACAUAUAUCAAAUCAUCUCAUUGUACACCUUGAAUAUAUUCAAUCUUCGUUAAUUUUUUUUUUUUCCUGAGACAGAGUCUCACUCUGUUGCCCAGUCUGGAGUGCAGUAGUGCGAUCUUGGCUCACUGCAACCUCCACCUCCUGAGUUCAAGUGAUUCUCCUGCCUCAGCCUCCUGAGGAGCUGGGACUACGGGCAUGUGCUGCCACGCCUGGCUAAUUUUUGUAUUUUUAGUAGAAACAGGGUGUCACCAUAUUGGCCAGGCUGUUCUUAACCUCCUGACCUUGUGAUCUACCUGCCUUGGCCUCCCAAAGUGCUGGGAUUACAGGCAUGAGCAACCCCGCCCUGCUGUGUUAGUUAAAUAUUUCAAAAUAAAAAGAAAUUAAAAAAUAUAAAUGGUGUGUCAGUAUGAAAAAAUAAAAAGAGGGUUUUCUUGAUUGUAUUUUUCUGAUUAUAAAAUAAAUACCUGUUAUUGUAAAAAAUUAGAAAAAUGUUUUUUAAGGUAUGUAUCGUUAUUCAGCUCACUGGUAAACACAAUUGAUU